CACAGAGAGAAACGGCCUUCCUCCGAGUUGGUACUACUCAUUGUGUCUUGCAUGUCUGCUGUUCGUUUAUUGCAGCUCAAUCCUGGAUUUCGGAGUUACUUCUUUGUUGCAACUUGCAACACAAACCCAAACCCCUUAACACUAUUUCUCUUGUUCGAUUCCUCGUCGAAUUCAGAUCAGUCUAUCGUCAUAGGAAGACUUCUCUAUCGUCGUACUCGUAGUCUCGAACACCAGAACAGGCUGAGCUCUAUUCUGAAUCCGAUUCUGUGGAGACAAAAAUUGUUUAAUCUAUAUGGGUAGAAAGAAGCCUUCAGCGCGGGACGACGAGAACCCUGCUGUUUCUCAGGGUGGGGCCAAAUCGAAGAAGAAAGGGCAUGCCAUCGACGACGAAGAAUACUCCAUUGGGAUUGAGGUGUCCGAGGAUCAACAGAAAUCUGGUUCCGAGAAUCAAAACCACGAGGAUGACAUCAUGCCCAUUGCCGGCAAAAAGAAGGGGAAGAAGGGCAACUCCAAGGCAACAAAGCCCAAAGAUGAAGAUGAAGAGAAAACCGUAGAAGAAGAAGUGGAGGACGAUGUUCCUGCUAUUUUGCUUACUGGUAAGAAGAAGUCGAAAUCAAAGAAAACUGGUAACAGUGUGUUCACUGUAUCUGCUUUCGAUGCCCUUGACGAGGAAGAGAAGACCGUAGAAGACGAAGCGGAAGACGAUGCUCCAGCUAUUGUGCUUACUGGUAAGAAGAAGUCGAAAUCAAAGAAAACUGAUAAGAGUCUGUUCACUGCGUCUGCUUUUGAUGCUCUUGACGAGGAGGAGGUGGGGGAGGAUAAAGAUGAUGAACGUCCCCUCAGAACUUCUGUCAAGGAGGAUGACGUUGGAGAAGAGGAAGAGGAAGAGCCCGUUGUUACUUUCACUGGUAAGAAGAAAUCUUCGAAAUCCUCCAAGAAGAACAAUAGUCUGUUCACUGCUUCUUCUUUUGACGCCAUUCUCGAUGAAGGUGAUGGUCUUGAAAAUAAUGAAUCUGCACAGAAAAGCACCAAGGAAAAUAAAACUAGGGAUGAUGAUACUGCAAUUGUUUUAUCUGGCAAGAAGAAGUCUUCCAAAUCGUCUAAUAAGAGUAGUAGUUUGUUUACUGCCUCUAGUUUUGUUGGCCUUGUGGAUGAGGUCGAAACCAAUGAUGAAAAUAAAGAAGUGGAUGAAGAUGCUCUGGUUACCUUCUCUGGUAAGAAGAAAUCAUCAAAUUCUUCCAAGAAAAGCAGUAGCUUGUUUGGUGCUGCUCUCCUUGAUGAAGAUGAUGGCAAUGAUAUUUCUGUAUCUGAGCAGAAAUCAUCCACCAAGUCUGGUGAUGACACCAUAGAUGAAAGCAUAAUGGAGAAUGAAGAUGCCCCAGCAAUUGCUUUCUCUGGUAAGAAGAAGCCUUCGAAGUCAAAGAAAAAUGUUAGUCUCUUUGCAGCCAGCAGUUUUGGCACAGGCCUUGAAGAUGAAGCGACUGCUGUAACUGAAACUGGGCAACCUUCUCUAAGAAGCAGUAGUAAUGAAGCCAAUGGAAAUAAUGUGAUUGAUGCCAAAACUAGUAACCAGGGAAGUGAGGAUAUGGUGGAGACAUCAAAGAACAAAAAGAAGAAGAAGAAGAGUGGAAGGACUGCCCAGGAGGAGGAUGACCUUGACAAAAUUCUUGCAGAGCUUGGUGAAGGCCCUCCUCUUCCCAAACCUAUUGCUCAUUCUCCGCAAGAGGAAAAGGAUCUGGUUCAAUCUGAACCAGUUGCUCCACUUGAUGACAAGGGUGAGAAGGAAACUGAAGCAGAAGCUGGGGAAUCUGCAGCUGCGAAAAAGAAGAAGAAGAAGAAGAAAGAGAAGGAAAAAGAGAAGAAGGCAGCUGCAGCAGCUGCAGUCGAGGUAAAGGAGGAAAAAGCAGAAGAAACCAAGAGCAAAGUUUCAGACAAGAAGGUUCCAAAACAUGUUAGAGAAAUGCAGGAGGCACUGGCAAGACGCAAAGAAGCUGAAGAAAGGAAGAAGAGAGAAGAAGAGGAAAGGCUUAGAAAAGAAGAAGAGGAGAGACGUCGACAAGAGGAACUUGAGAGGCAGGCUGAGGAGGCCAAGUGGAGGAAAAAGGAAAGAGAAAAGGAGAAGCUUUUAAAGAAGAAGCAGGAAGGAAAGCUCUUAACAGGUAAGCAGAAAGAAGAAGCUCGUCGUCUGGAGGCAAUGAGGAACCAAUUUCUUGCUCAGGGUGGUAUUAUGCUUCCUACUGCAGACACUGGUGUUACAACAACAAAACGACCAAUAUAUCAGACAAAGAAGACAAAGCCUAGUUCCACACAAACAAAUGAUAUUGCCCCUGUAAAAGAUGUGGACAAGAUAGAGUUAAAGGAAACCCAACAGGAUGCUUUAGCUGAGGUUGAGCAGCUGGAAGUUGAGAAAGUUGAUGAGUCGGUGUCAACUGUGGAAGAGAAACUUGAAGUUGAUCAUGGGGUUGAAGAGAAUGGUAUAGAGGAUGAAGAUGAAGAUGAUGAUGAUGAAUGGGAUGCAAAGAGUUGGGAUGAUGCUGUUGUGAACUUGCCUUCUAAGAGUGCGUUUGCUGAGGAAGAUGCUGAGCCUGAGCCUGUGGUGAAGAAAGAGAUGAAACCUGUCAAACCAAUGACUCCUGGUGAAGUAAGAGCGCCCCCUCCAGUGUCCAAAGCCACAAUUGCUGCAAAGAAGGCUAUUGCUCCCUCACCUAUGAGAACAAAAAGCAUUGAAAGUAAAGAGGAUCAAGAAGAGAUUGAAGUCACAGCCAAGAAUAUGAAAAAAGAAGGUCCAGUGAAAAGAAAAAUGCAGUCUACAGAGGUUCCUUCAAACCGGAGUGCGGAAAACCUCCGUUCUCCAAUUUGUUGCAUUAUGGGUCAUGUUGAUACUGGCAAAACCAAGCUUUUAGAUUGCAUACGAGGCACAAAUGUUCAGCAGGGAGAGGCUGGAGGGAUUACACAGCAGAUUGGGGCAACCUACUUUCCAGCAGAGAACAUUAGGCAGAGAACCAAAGAGCUAAAAGCUGAUGCAACAUUGCGAGUUCCUGGUCUUCUAAUAAUUGAUACACCAGGACAUGAAUCCUUCACAAACUUACGGUCACGGGGUUCAGGUUUAUGUGAUAUUGCAAUUUUAGUUGUCGACAUAAUGCAUGGCCUAGAACCACAGACAAUUGAAUCUCUCAAUCUUUUAAAAAUGAGGAAUACAGAAUUCAUCGUUGGAUUGAAUAAGGUGGACAGGUUAUAUGGGUGGAAGACUUGUCCAAAUGCACCUAUUGUGAAAGCUAUGAAGCAACAAUCUAACGAUGUACAAAAUGAGUUCAAAAUGAGGCUUACUCAGAUUAUUACCCAGUUCAAGGAGCAGGGCUUGAAUACGGAAUUGUACUACAAAAACAAGGAAAUGGGGGAAACUUCUAGUAUUGUUCCUACAAGUGCAAUCAGUGGUGAAGGCAUCCCAGAUCUUCUGUUGCUGUUGGUGCAGUGGACUCAGAAAACUAUGGUGGAAAAGCUUAUGUUUAGCAAUGAAGUACAGUGUACGGUGUUGGAGGUUAAAGUUGUUGAAGGCCAUGGGACAACUAUUGAUGUCAUAUUAGUUAAUGGUGUGCUUCAUGAGGGAGAUCAAAUAGUUGUUUGUGGCAUGCAGGGGCCCAUUGUUACCACAAUCCGCUCUUUAAUGACCCCUCACCCAAUGAAGGAGAUCCGAGUAAAGGGAGACUUCUUGCAUCAUAAAGAGCUGAAGGCAGCACAGGGUAUCAAGAUUUCUGCACAGGGCCUUGAACAUGCCAUUGCAGGCACUGGCCUAUAUGUGGUAGGGCCUCAGGAUGACCUGGAAGAUAUCAAAGAGGCAGCCAUGCAAGAUAUGAGGUCAGUCAUGAGCAGAAUUGACAAGAGUGGUGAGGGUGUCUGUGUACAAGCCUCUACUCUUGGAUCAUUGGAAGCAUUGUUGGAGUUCUUAAAGAGCCCAGCAGUGAAUAUACCUGUCAGUGGUAUAAGCAUAGGCCCUGUACACAAGAGGGAUGUUAUGAGGGCCAGUGUCAUGCUUGAGAGGAAAAAGGAAUAUGCUACAAUCUUAGCAUUCGAUGUCAAAGUAACACCUGAGGCUCGUGAGCUUGCAGAUGAAACCGGUGUUAAGAUAUUUAUAGCUGAUAUAAUUUAUCACUUGUUCGAUCAGUUCAAGGCUUACAUUGACAAUCUCAAGGAAGAAAAGAAGAAAGAAGCUGCUGAAGAAGCAGUCUUCCCAUGUGUUCUUAAGUUAAUUCCUAACUGCAUUUUCAACAAGAAGGAUCCAAUUGUUUUGGGGGUUGAUGUUCUUGAAGGCAUUGCUAGGGUUGGGACUCCAAUCUGUAUUCCUUCAAGGGAUUUCAUUGACAUUGGAAGGAUUGCAUCCAUUGAAAUCAACCACAAACAGGUUGAUGUAGCCAAGAAAGGCCAGAAGGUGGCCAUAAAGAUUGCUAGCACAAAUCCUGAGGAGCAGCAAAAGAUGUAUGGAAGGCACUUUGAGGAGAAUGAUGAGCUUGUUAGCCACAUCACAAGGAGGUCCAUAGAUGUGCUAAAAGCUAAUUAUCGGGAUGAUCUCUCUAUUGAGGAGUGGAGGCUAGUUGUGAAACUCAAGAAUAUAUUCAGAAUACAAUAAUUUACAAAGUGGUCACAAUAUUCAACUGGCUGCGCUGGCAGAUGUGUGGGAAUGACUGGUUGUAACCAUCUCUCUUCCAAAAAUGCAGGUUCUGAUGUAGAGGUUGAAGAGAGUUGGUUCAUGAUGAACUGUAUUUUUGGAGCUCUAGACUGGUAUUCUUUUCAGAAGAUAUUUUCAACAUGAGAAAAGAAGUUGCGGAAAAGAGCUUCUGGUGCAAAGCAUUUUGGGAGGGGGGACACCCUUGUCUCCAUUGGGCUGGAAAUUGGCCUUUUUCUGCUGUUUUCAACUACCAAAUUAAUAUCCUUAACUCUAUGUGGCGCCACAGAAGGUAUGGGGGAGAUAUUACUUUUGUUCUGAGGUUUGGUCGCAGGAUAUGGAUAUCUUUCACUAAAACAAGAAGGGCUUUUCUAUCCCCAUUUUCAAUCCUUUCUUUAACUUUGCUGCUCCUACAUAAGUUGCACUACAAACCAUUUUUCUGGAAGGAAUUAAAGAUCUCUUUGGUUGAUUGUUUUCUGACAAGUAUUAAAGAGUUAUGGGGUUUGUUUUUGGUUCAUGAGAUGAGUUCAUCCCUCUUGUAAUAAAAUUAGCCGAGUUAUUUAGUCUUUACUCUCUUCACACACA